AUGGCUCGUUUCUUUGAGAUCUCUGAUACUUUUACCAAGUUUGGUCUUGCUACCGUAUUCAUAACCAAUUCGAUUCUAAUCUAUCUAACUCUGUUCCACAUAAAACGAAUUAUCGGAGUCUAUAAGAAGAUGAUAAUUGUUGUUGCUAUGAUGGGAAUAACCUUCUCGUCCACUGAAUUAAUCGCAAGACCAUUUGUCCAUAGUUUCAACAAAGGAUGGAUCUUCUUCAGUUUGAAUUCGUGGCUCGAAACAUCGCAAUCAGUUCUUCAGAUAGCUUUGGCAGUCUAUGCGAGUAUGUAUCUUCUGAUGAUGUCAUUUAUUGCAGUUCAAUUUUUAUUCCGAUAUUUUACAUUAACAAGUCCAAGAACUGCUAAACGAUUUGAAGGAAAAGGUAUGAUUGUUUGGUUAACUUAUCCGGUGAUCAUUGGAUUUUUAUACGGUGGUCCUUUAUUCCUUUUUGGUCUCCCUGAUGAUUAUGGCGAUGAAUAUUUCAGACAGGAAAUUCUAAAUGCAUAUGGAUUAGCAAUCAAGGAUGUGGCUCGUUUUCCGAUUAUAGCUUAUGGCCCAGAUGGAUCUUUGAGACCUGGCGUCUUUUUUAUACUAUCUGGAGCCGCUGUUAUGAUACUACAGUACGCUAUCAUCAUAUACUGUGGUGUCCGAAUGCAUUUAAUGAUGUCCAGAGAAUUCAAAAACCUAUCUGUACCCAAUAAGAAACUUCAAAAACAAUUUUUCCGAGCCCUCGUCACACAGACUAUUGCUCCGACAGUUCUAUUCGUUUUUCCUGCCGCUUAUGUUCUUAUGAGUCCUUUGCUGGAUAUCGAAAUGAAUUUUCAAACUGGAUGGAUCUAUGCAGCUCUCAGUUUGUUUCCACCAAUUGAUAGUAUUGCUUUGAUGUGUUUGGUAUCAGAAUAUCGGAAUGUUAUCAAACAUCUAUUUCGAGAACUCUGUUGCAUAUCUCCUAAAGUUCCAGAUAUUGAACUGCGCAGUUCCACAUGA